AUGGGCAAGAAACGCUCUAGAUCCCGCUCACGAUCUCGUUCAAGAGAAUCGAGACGUAAAAAAAAAGAUAAAUGGGAGAAAUUACAAGCUCAGGUGGAUAACCUCACAAAGGUGGUUGAAAUGCUGGCAAAUGUUCAACAAGAACAAAGGUCAGCAGUUAAUUCUCAUGUAGAUUCAGGUCCGCCUAUUGUUACAUCAGAUGCUGAGAAAGACAAAAACAUCGAGUCUGACUCUGGGAAGGUCAUGACUGAAAUACCGGAAAAAGCGGUGACGGAGCCAACUGAGUCUGAAUCUAAAGCAUCGGAUCAGUUAGAAGUGGUGAAAGAUGAUGCUUUAAAAAUUCUAGGCUUGGAUACAAAUGAAGGUAAUCUUAAGAACAUCAAGUAUCAUCCACAAGUAAAUGAUACGUGGGGAAAAUGGAAGAUCGAAGGUCUUCCAGAGAAGAAUAAAAAAGAGAUCUUAGAGUCAUACAAGAGAAAAGGUGAUUUUUAUACUGAAGCACCAAAAUUAAACUUGGAAAUAAUUCCUCUUCUUAGCGACAUAGCUAAGAAAAGAGAUGAACAUUUUGCCGAAACUCAAAAUUGCGUAGGCACGGCAUUAUGUGCUUUAGGUGCUGCAGUAUCUCUGUUAUUAGAUCAACCAGAAGAAGGUGUUGACGAGGACGCUCUGACUAAUUACAUAAGUCAUGCGGGCCAGAUCCUUACAGAUGUGUUUUACCAACAAUCGGUGGCGAGGAAGUCGUACAUUACUCCUCAGUUAAACAAAAACAUCAAACCGAUGGUGGACACAAUGUUAUCAAAGGAAUGGCUUUAUGGUGAUGACCUUAAGGAAAAGGUCAAAGAUGUCAAGGAGAUAGAGAAGGCUUGUGCUAGUAUUAAAGACAAGCCGACACCAAAGUUGACAAGUAAACAUCAGAGUCAGGGAAAUGGGAGACGCCCACCGGCGGAAUACCGUCAGGUGGGCUACAACCAAAGAUCCCAUGCAGCAGAAAAAGUUGCAACUUUACUGGCACUGACAACGGGCCAAAGACUUCCAACUUUAGCCCUAAUAAAUAUAGAGAAUAUUGAGACAUCAAAAUCUGGCAUAAAAAUAAAGAUUCCAGAUCAAAUAAAAACUACCAAGCCUGGCGGUUUUCAACCGGAACUAGUUUUGCCAUUUUCUAAGAAUAAACCAGGUCUCUGUGUAGCAUCGGCAGUCUUAGACUACCUGGACUAUACCAAGGAGCGAAGACAGAAAGAAACAAAGAAUUUGUUUCUGUCGACUAUAAAACUUUUUAAAGAGGCCUCAUCGCAGACUAUUAGCCACUGGAUCAAGGCUUUACUAGGUAAAGCAGGAGUUGAUGUCGAAAAGUUUACGGCGUACAGCACGAGACACGCUGCAGUGUCAACUGCUGAUAAGCGUGGGGUCGAAAUAUCAGUUAUAAAGUCCUGCGCUGGAUGGUCUCCAAGCUCUCAGACCUUCUUUAAGUUUUACAAUCGCCCAGUAUUGGCUAUAAACGAUCAGUUUGCUAAGGCAAUUUUAGAAUAG